GCCCCGGAUUUCAAUUACCCGUCCUCGCUGAUAGCUUCAAACCCAUUUUCCAUCCAUACAACUCAGUACCCUCAAUCACAUCAAUUCUUUAGCAAUGGCACCCAAACCCGCUUCAACUGCCUCGAAAGCCCCAGCUUCCACCACCGCCUCCAAGGCCCCAGCCUCUAAGGCUCCUGCAAAGACGACUGAGGGUUCCAAGGCGAAGAAAACUUCGAGUGGAGCUACAGGCGCAGACGGCGAGAAGAAGAAGAGAAGAAAAGUCCGCAAGGAGACUUACAGCUCGUACAUAUACAAAGUUCUCAAACAGGUACACCCUGAUACUGGUAUUUCCAACAAGGCGAUGGCCAUUCUUAACUCAUUCGUGAACGAUAUCUUCGAGCGAAUUGCCACUGAAGCCUCCAAACUUGCUUCCUACUCCAAAAAAUCGACGAUCUCGUCACGCGAAAUCCAAACGAGCGUGCGGUUGAUAUUGCCUGGUGAACUCGCCAAACAUGCGAUCUCGGAGGGAACGAAGAGUGUGACGAAGUUCUCGAGCGCUGCAGCGAAGUAGACACUUCAGUUUCUUAUCUUAUCUGGACGUUGCUGGGUGAGGACGAGGGGUGUGGUAUUUGUCUGUAGAUGUAUAAUAUGUGUACGAGUUAUUUUAUUUAUCAUCUAUUUUCUAUCGUCUUGCUGCGGAUCUAUGAAUUUGGUGUGGCAAGUUGCACUGCAAUCCGUAGUUCUUUCGACGGAAUGCCCUAAAUUGCUGUGGAGCUGAACAAGUUUGGUUCGAGCGUGUAACCUUGUAUGGCUGGAUGACGAGAUGAGGAUCUUCCCCCAGUUCAUCAGAAUCUGCAGAACCAGUAGCAUGCGUGGGCUGAACCCCCAAAAUCUUGGCGGUACGCCAGUCUGCGAUGGAUUUACCCCGCCAAGAAGAGUGAGCUCGUCGUGUGCGACGAUGAGGGGAGAGAUAUCGCGGCGCUACAAACUUCCACGGUC